AUUGAUAUCUGUAGAUCACGUCCACCCUCACGAUCUCAUCUUCUGUGAAAAGGAAGCCUUACACCUAAACGGGCGUGAAGAAAUUUUUUGUUGUGCUUGCUCGAAAUCAUUGGCUGGUGCUAGCUUCUACUCUUGCGGUGGGACAAAUGCUCAAACAUUUGCAGAACACAGCCCGUCCAAACCUCCCAAACAGUAUGAAGUUGGUCUUAAAUUUCUGUGAAAACCAAGUCCAAGAACCUCAUCAAAAGAAGAUUUUUUAUUUUUAUACAACGUAUUUGUUUUCACGCGCUAUGUAUUAAAUAAAAAGAAGUUUGAUUUGAAAUGAAGACUUAUGAAGUUGCUUGGAAAGGAACUGGAAGAUGGCCUGCAACCACUUAAAUAUUAGUAUAUUACCCACACAUUGACUUAAGACUUAGACUUGAGACUUUGAGGUUGAGGGGGUGUAUAAAAUGAUAAGCAAUCUGACCGAUGAUCUUGCAGAGAUAGAUAUGGACGUCCAUCCAUUGAUAUCUUUCGAUCACCUCCACCCUCACGAUCUCAUCUUCUGCGAGCAAGAAGUCAUACUCCUAAACGCUCGUGAAGAAGUUUUUUGUCAUGUGUGCUCAAAAUCAUUGGCUGGUGCUCAAUUCUACUAUUGCGGUGAGUGUUAUUUCUUUCUUCAUAACACCUGUGCAGACUUGCCCCCUAUUAUUAAACACCCUUCACAUCGUAAACACACUCUGAUUCUUCACACGAAUUCACCAUAUGGUCCUAAUGGAUCUGAUUGCAAUAUGUGUGAUCUAAGGAUUGCCAACUUCCUUUACCGUUGCUCGGAUUGUGAUUUUGACCUUGAUAUCGAUUGCGCUAUGCUUGCACGAUGCUUUAUUCAACCUCAAAGUCACAAACAUCAUUUCAUUACGUGGUGUAGGUCAGAUCCAUUUACAUGCGAUUUCUGUGGCACAUAUAGUGAUCGGUAUCGGUCUGCAUCCUCGACAAAAAAUUUGCAACCUUGGAUCUGCACUAACUGUCAUGUUGUAGUACACAAUAAAUGUAUCUCACUGCCAUUCUCAAUCCAAUUACCACAACAUGAUCACCCCCUCAUCCACACUUAUUUCAUUCCUGAAAGUCAAUCUAUUGCUGCUUUAAUUUGUAAAAUUUGUUGUCAAGAAGUGAAGAGAGAAUUUGGAUGCUAUUCUUGUCAAAAUUGUCCCUGUGUUGUCCAUGUCAAUUGCGCACUGGACAACGUGCAAGAAGUGGGACAAAAGUUAUGGGCACAAGAAAUUGAGGCAGCAGAGGACCAAUUAGUUGAACAAGAGAUUGAGCAUUUCAGUCAUCCUCAUCAUAAAUUAUUUAUGGUACAAAAUCAUGAUGAUGAUCAUGAGAUUGAAACAAAAUGUGAUGCCUGCAUGCGUAUCAUCUCUUUUCCCUUUUACAAGUGUCUAGAAUGUGAUUUUUCUCUCCAUAUCAGCUGUUCCAAAUUACCAAAACAAAUCAAUCACCCACUUCACCCACAACACCCCCUAACCCUUGCUCCAAACGAAGAAGGGUUCGCUUCCUAUUGUUUUGCUUGCCAUAAUCCGUUUCAUGGCUUCUCAUAUCGUUGUCGAGCUUCUUUUCAUAAGUUCAGAAUUGAUAUCCGAUGUGCAUUGGUUAAUCCUCUUGAAUUCUUCCAUGAUAGUCAUAAGCACCCCCUCAGUGUGCUAACCCAAAGCAAUAACCAUACACAAUGCACUUCUUGCGGCAAGGUCGGCAAGGCAGAUGGCAAGUACCUGCUCCGAUGCAAAGAACAAUGUCCUUUCGCAUUGGACUAUGGAUGCGCCACACUACCACAUAUAGCCAAGUACGAGUACGAUGAAAAUUCUCUGGUCCUCUCGUACUAUGGAGAUGAUGAUUCGAAUGGGUUUCCUUAUUGUGAUAUUUGUGAACAAUAUAGAGAUCCUAAUCUUUGGUUUUACGGUUGUCCUAAUUAUCGUGAGUGUCCAAUCUAUGUUCAUCCUCAUUGUGCUCAUGGUGACUGCCCCUACCUCAAGCUAGGAACCAUUGUCAAUGCUCCCAAUGUGCACGAACACCAUCUCUUUUUCACCCUAAGGAAAGAAGACUUCCUUCCAUGCCACUUGUGCAGUAAGAAGGAUCAAGAAAUAUCCCUUGAAUGUCGCAAGGAAGACUGCAAUUUUAACGUUCAUUGCUAUUGUUCCAUGCAUCUUUAAACCAUUGCAUUCUGAAGACUAGUAGGGAGCCCCUCAUCGGUGUAUUGAGAAGCAUAGUGUAUUGAGGAAUGGGCAAUGGUCUUCAAAGUCUCGAGUAAGAAGCAUGAAGAGUGUUGUCAUAUAUGUAAACCUUCUUAUGUGCUGUUCCUGUUAGUAAUAAUACUAUAAAUGCUCAAGAUGAUGCUCAAAUUCUUUUGUUUCUUAUAAAAUAAGCAAGUCCAAACCAGUUGGUCAAUAUGCCUUGAAUUGGUAGAGUGAGCCUUCAUCAUACUAAUCCAGUUCACUAAUUACUAAUUUAUGGAACAACCAACUCACUACAACUCAGGUCAGGGGCCGACCCACACACAAGGUUGUGUGAUCAACUGACCUCACUCCUUUUAUUUUCCUAUAUGGGUUAAUACAACUUGUGACCACGGAAAGAUUGUCAGUAUUUCAAUUUGACAACCGAGCUGUCAAUUGUUCCAAAUUGAUCAUCGGCAAUUCAAAUUGUUUCAAUUAAGACCUUCGGGCAGAAUUGAGAUAUUUCGGUUAGUCAACCUGCUGAGGUGACAGGUUGACCGUUAAAUCAAUGUUAAAUAUUGUUGAUGUGGCUAACGGUGCAUCAUAUGUGGCUAACAGAAUGGGUCAAAAACCUAAAAUGCCCACAACUCACAUAAACCUCCACCUUUCUCCUUGAAAACCCUACCUUCCUGAGUCGAUCGGCGUCAACAUCCCGACGAGCUGUGUCAGUUGAACUCGAGAGCUUGAAUUUGUAUGAGAAUAAUUUAGAAGGGAUUUUGCCUGGAAGCAUCGCGAAUUCACCUAAUUUGCACGAACUACUCAUUCGAUUACAAUGAUUUAAAGAAAAUAAAAACCAAGAGCUUCAGUUUUGCAACAUCCUCAACACCACCCUCGUGGACAUUGAAGAUCUGCGUAGCAUCAAGGACCUUGUUCUUGGGUGUGACGUUGGCAUCUUUGGGCAUCAUCAAAAUGGCUAAGCAAAUGCCCCUACUUGAACUUGCUCCAAGACAAUCCGUAACCCUUGGUGGUGUGACCCCUGAGCCACAGGUCGGGGUUGCACGCGCCGUCAAGAUGGGGUUUCGAGGGAUGCUUAUUGUAGUCGAAAACAAACACUUUUGCACCGAUGGUCUUGGUAGCGAUAAUAAAGGGGUUCUGCGGCAUAUACCUAGCGCCGUCGUGGUUGAUCUGCUGUAUAAUCUGCACAUUGCCGUUGGCGACACCGAAUCCGCCAACGGCAAAGUUUAAUGCGGUUCAAGUGUUCUUAGUUGUUUUCCAUGGUUUUGGGUACAGGUGUAUUUUAAUUACUGGUCCACUUAAGAAAUUUUUUCAAAAAAAAUUCAUAAUA